CUGGAGCUGAGCUCUCUGAGCAGCCAGUUACCGUGAGGCAGACAAGCAUGGUCGCAGAGAGACAGCGCGCAGCUUAGCGUCUCUCCAUGUAGCCGGGUCUCGCUGCCUUGCGGGCGGGUAUCUGAGGUUCAGUAGUAGCAGGAGACACUAUCAAGGGGGCAUCCACUUUUUUUGGAAGCUUUACGCUAAAGGAAAACUUUUUCCCCCAACCUGCUGUUCUCUGUUUUUUAAACUUUUCCUUUUCAUUGUUUUUUUUUUUUUGUUUUUUUUUUUUGUUUUUUUUGUCUUUCCUCACUUGGCGGGUCUUUGUGUCACCAAAGGGCCGCAUGCAUGACACUCCGCAAAGGCGAGAAGACCACCAUCAGCAUCCAGGAGCACAUGGCCAUCGAUGUCUGUCCUGGCCCCAUACAGCCCAUCAAGCAGAUAUCUGAUUAUUUCCCCCGCUACCCGCGGGGUUUCCCCCCCGUAGCACCCCCUGCGCUCAGCCGAGCGGGAUCCCUGCACUCCUCCUCCAGCCAGAAGUCCGAGGCCCCCCCCCCUGAGCAAGCUCGCCAUGAGGAGGACCAGGAUCGCGCCUUAGGGGCCACUGCGCCGCCGCCCAGCAAAAAGGACGAAGAGCCAGAUGUGGAGGGUUACGACUCAGACGACUCUACCACACUGGGGACGUUGGAUUUCAGCCUGCUGUACGACCAGGAGAACAACGCCCUGCACUGCACCAUCAACAAGGCCAAGGGACUCAAACCAAUGGAUCAUAAUGGGCUAUCGGAUCCUUACGUUAAGGUGCAUCUGCUGCCUGGAGCCAGUAAGGCGAACAAACUGCGAACCAAGACACUGCGCAACACCCUCAACCCCGUGUGGAGCGAAACGCUGACGUACUACGGCAUCACUGACGAGGAUAUGGUGCGCAAAACGCUCAGGAUUUCAGUGUGUGAUGAGGACAAGUUCCGCCACAAUGAGUUCAUCGGAGAAACGCGCAUUCCCCUGAAGAAGCUGAAACCCAACCAGACAAAAAACUUUAGCAACUGCCUGGAGAAGCAGCUACCUAUUGACAAAACAGAUGACAAAUCCCUGGAGGAGAGAGGACGCAUCAUGAUCUCCCUGAAGUACAGCUCGCAGAAGUGCGGCCUGAUCGUCGGCAUCAUACGCUGCGCCCACCUGGCCGCCAUGGACGCCAACGGCUUCUCUGACCCUUACGUCAAAACGUAUCUGAAGCCAGACGAGAACAAGAAAUCAAAGCACAAGACUGCAGUAAAAAAGAAAACCCUAAACCCAGAGUUUAAUGAGGAAUUCUUCUAUGAAAUCAAAUAUGCUGACCUAACAAAGAAGACCCUGGAGGUGACAGUGUGGGAUUAUGACAUUGGAAAGUCCAACGAUUUCAUAGGUGGAGUUUCUCUGGGAAUUAAUGCCAAUGGAGAAAGGCUGAAACACUGGUUUGACUGCCUCAAGAAUAAGGACAAGAAAAUCGAGCGAUGGCACACACUGACCAACGAACUGCCAGGAUCAGUGUUCAGUGACUGAACACAACCUACCCUCCUUUGUGGCUAACAGCUCCUUCUGUCUGGCCUGGGUGAGACCCUGCCUUGACUGGCACAUCCAUUCCCACAAGAUCCUAAUUCUGAUAAUGGUUUGCAGACGAAAUCUGCCUCAUUUCAUAUUCCCCUAACUCUAUAUGUAACCUACACUGAAGUUACGGUUUCAUGACAUACAGUUAUCCAGUACAUAAUGUAACCCUUAUCAGAGAACAUAGAUCUUGCUUUGUCUCCUGAGUCAUAGAGCUGCCCAUCCUAAUUAUAAAUGGUGAAUAGUGCUGUUGCUAUGACAGAUUAAUAGUGGUUCUCUAAAAUGAACCAGAAGACUUACAUCAAUGCGAUUGCUGGUGAGAAAACACUAUGAGAAUGUCACCUGGUGGCUGUACUUUAGUUGGCCAAAUUAAUGUAGGAUUGAACCAACGCUGGCAGAAUCGCUGAAGUUAUGCAUUCAGUCUGAGAAAGGAUUAUACUGUGAAAUGUUCUUGUAGUUAUUUGUUUAUAAAAGUGAUUUUAAUUUGCCCAGGAGAACAGUGACUCCCAGGAAGAAAAUAUUUAUUUGUUUUUAAUUUUCUUUUUAAAAACGUAAAAUUGGAUGGUCAAAGGUGCACCGUAUUCAGCUUUGUUUCCAGAUCAUACCUAAAAGAUUUGUUUAGACAGAAAUGUGUCAGAUCAAAUAAGCUAAGAGCAUAGAUAUUAGUUUCCUGAAUUACUCAGAACAUUUUGGAGAAAUAGUUCAGUCUGAAAUUGCAACAGAUGAGAGGUUAUUAGAAAAAGAUACACAUCAAAAAGUAAGAUUGUGUAAGGAAUGUAAGUCAGUAUAAAAUGACAGUGUUUGCUAUAGAUUACAUAGUGCAGCUUUUUAAGAAACUACACCCCCCCCCCCCCCCCCCCCCCAAAUCACUCCCCAUUGUAUCAUAAGAUUAACAACUCAUGGUCUAUCACGUAACACAACAUAAGCUUAAAUAAAGGAAAAACUGAAGUUAUUCCCAAACCUGCCAGCUGAGUUUGUUUGGUGCAGAGUAUUUACAGAAAAUGCAGAAAAGUAGCAUGCUGUAUUUUACAGUCUCCAGUUUGACACAUUACCUGCAUUGCAAACACUGACAGCAGACAGUAACACGGCAGAAGGGGCUGUACAGUCAGGCAUCUUAAACACAUGCCUUCACCCAGGAGGAAGGCAGAACUUUUUUCCCCACCUAUUCAAUUAUUUAUUAUGCUCAACUGACAUUGACACAGCGCCUGGUUCAGUGGUGAGCCUUUUGGUGCAUUUUGUUGUUGCUUUAUCUGUUCUGUGAUAAAGCUACUUUAGAAAUUUUAUUUGUUUUGUUCGAUCCUGGGAGUUUUACUUUUACGCAAAAAGGGCAGAACGAGAAAUGGGUGAUUCAGAGAGAUAACCAAUCAAAUGGUAGAGGAGGUGGGUCCAAGCAACUAGAGGAGGCGGGUCCAAGACAUCUGAUUGGUUGGUCCCGCCUACUCUAGCUGCUUGAAGCCACGUCCUCUAAUAUCUAAUCUCCCCGAACCAAUCAUUUUUCAUUCUGCCCUCAGAACAUUUUUGUGUAAGUAAAACUCCCAUGAACAUCAAGUUAACUCUUUGCCCCAGAAAUGGCCCAAAGCUGCAGGAGAUGUGUCAGUAAGGCCGGCUCACCAAGGCAGACUCUCUCGCUGCCACAUUUGUGACAUUUUUUGCAAUCUGUUUGCCUUUGUAUUCAACCUCUAUACUAUGGGAAAAAAAUGCAUGCAAAUGUCCUUGGUUUGUCAUGAACUGACUUUACUAAAUGUUUGAUACUCCUGUUUUUUCUGUGAAAAAAAGACUUCUAUGGAUGCCGGAGGAAUGUCAGUCUUUCUUAAUGGACAAACAUUUUGUACUUUUACCGCUAUCGCAUUGCCUGUCAGGCUGCUGUAUUGACUGGAGAUGUGAAUGCAUGUUGAAAAAAAAUGUCAAUGUUUUAUUUGUUUUAACACUCAGGCAAUUGUUGGCGUAUUCCAGUGGUUCUCCAAAAAAAAGGUAUACUUGUAUUUCACUUUAUUCUUGCACCAGACGGCCCGAAUUAUCGUGCCUUUUUUUUGUGUGUUUUUGCACCACUCACUUUACAAUGUUCCCUAAAUCUAUACAAGCCUUUAAUAUCUAAAUAAUACAUUUGGCAGAUUUAUAUUCCCAAUACUACUCUAUGUACAUUAUGUCACACUUAGAUAUUGCAUUUUGAUCAGUGAGAUUUUCCCACUCAGUGACACUUAUUGCCAGUGUUGUUGUACAGUGUGUCAGCGAUGAAAAGGUUGAGAUGAAAGGAUGCAAAAUAAAUAAAUAACAUCAAUUUGUUGGAAGGAGCUUGCUGGACAGAAAAAGGGAGCGUUUUGAAUCGCAUGAGCUGCGUGGUUUUCAUUAACACCCAGUACAUCUGUCUGCAGUGCAGAUGCUUGUUAAGGAUGGUCUUACAUUUCCGCAUAGUUUUAAUUCAACCUUUUUUUUUAUCUCUUCCCUUUGAUUCCAUUUUCCAAAUGGAAUAUUGCCCCCUACUGGUGAACAAUGGCAGUUCAGGACUAACCUUAAUGUCCGGGAUUUGCUUGAAGCAUCCAGUGAAUUCAUGUUGUUUCCAUGAUGAUUUCAUACAUUACAUGGGGUCUCCAGCUCCCCCCGUGCCCCUGAUCAGGAUAAGUGGCUAGGAGGUGGAUGAAUGGAUAAAAAUCACUGAUGCAGCUACCAAGAACUUCGAAACCAAACCAUUCUGAUAUUGCCCUUCACUGAAAAAAAAUGCUAGUUCUGAUCACAGAGCAUGACUUAUUUGUUUUGGGAAAAAAACUAAUUCAGGUUAAAUUCACACAAGAAGAUCCGAAGAAACGUGGCUACAUCGGGCUGUUAAAUUGUACUGGCUGCAACUUAUCGAUUUUUGUGAAGCACAAACAAAUGGUCAGUCAUAUAUUUACAUGUUAUUUAAGUUUGUGUACUUUAAUAAAUUAACAAAUAUUCUCUACCAGAAA